ACCGACCCUGGGUUGAAUCCUCUGCUUCUUUUAGUUGUUACAAGUUGAGGUAGCAGUCGGCAGUUGCAGAGCAAUGGAAUCCAUUUGCCCAAUCGAUCAACGCUGCUCUCAUCAAAUCUCCGCUCUUCUCCAGCCUCCCUCUCCUCUCCAUGUUCAGGAGUAUUUCGAGCAGCUUAUUUCAAAACGGCAAUGCCAUGGCAUCAAAGUGAAACAAGACGGCGUAUUUGGAAAAGGUGUAUUUGCUGAAACGGACUUUGAAGAGGAACAACUUAUCUUAAAGGAUCAAAUGCUUGUCGGGGCUCAGCAUCCUUCAAACAAGAUUGACUGUUUAGUUUGCGGUUAUUGUUUCAAAUUCAUCGGGUCAAUAGAGCAACAAAUCGGUCGGAAACUGUAUUUGAAAACUCUAGGAGUUUCUCCACAUUAUGGAUGUGAAAACGAUUCAUCUGAUGAAGACCAAGACAAUCAUUACGUUAAAAAUCACCAUAAUCCAGAAAAUGGAGCUUCCAGCAGUUCCACUAGUACUAAUCCUUUGCCUAAAAUGGCCCUGCAAUCGUUAAUGAAUGGUGAAUUGUCAUUGCCUUACUCGAGCAGGUUUCCCUUGCCUUCUGUUGUUUCAUGCCCCGGAGGAUGCGAAGAAGCUUUUUAUUGUAGCAAAUCGUGUGCGGAGGCUGAUUGGGAGUCGUUUCAUUCUUUACUUUGCACUGGGGAGAAAUCGGAAUCCCUCUCCAGAGAGGCACUUUUAAAAUUCAUACAGCAUGCCAAUGAAACAAAUGACAUUUUCCUCCUUGCUGCCAAGGCAAUUUCUUUCACCAUUUUAAGGUAUCGGAAGGUGAAAGCCUCUCAUCUAAGAAAACAGGAGAAUACUGCACCAAGUAUCUUAGGAACUUCUGAUCUAUCGUUACUUUUGGAGACAUGGAAGCCAAUAUCAAUUGGACAUAAGAGAAGGUGGUGGGACUGUAUUGCAUUGCCAGGUGACAUUGAUGGAUCUGAUGAAGCCGCAUUUAGGAUGCAGAUAAGGGAGCUUGCAUUCGUGUCACUUCAAUUCCUCAAGGAAGCUAUUUUUGACAAGGAAUGUGAGCCAUUAUUCUCCCUUGAUAUCUAUGGGCAUAUUAUUGGCAUGUUCGAGCUCAAUAAUCUUGAUCUGGUUGUAGCAUCUCCAGUGGAGGAUUAUUUUUUGUACAUUGAUGAUCUUACAUAUCCUGAGAAGAAAGAAGCUGAGAGAAUUACACAACCAUAUCUAGAUGCUCUUGGUGAUGACUAUUCCGUUUGUUGCCAAGGUACUGCAUUCUUUCCUUUGCAGAGUUGCAUGAACCAUUCUUGUUGUCCUAAUGCAAAAGCAUUCAAAAGAGAGGAGGAUAGAGACGGCCAAGCAACAAUUAUUGCACUCAGGCCUAUUUGCAAGGGAGAAGAGGUGACCAUUUCAUACAUAGACGAGGACCUUCCAUUUGAAGAGAGACAAGCAGUACUUGCAGAUUAUGGUUUUAGGUGCAGGUGCACCAGGUGUUUGGAGGAAGAACCCUAGUCAUCACAUUGACAAAAUGCCAAUGAAGUGGCUGUUUUAUAGCAUUACAUAACGAAGGCUAUAAGCAUGGCUAUGAGAAAUAUUCAGUACAAGAAGCCAUUGUGGGAGCUGGUCCUCUUUAGAUUGAUGUCAUUAGAAUGGGAGAUGCUCAGAGAUCAACUAAAGCUGUAUUUUAAAACCAGUUUUCCACUGUUUCUUUUAAUUAAUUUUAAUGUAACAGGAAAGUACCAAAGGUAGUAGGCCGGCUGUAUCUUGAUUUUUCUUGUUCUGUCCAUUGAUUCUUCUGCGUGUAGUGAAGCCAAGACACUUAAAAACUUCUUCCUUACAUGGCGGCCCUAAUGGUUGGAAAGGUUUAGGUUGGAUU